AUGAGGAGAUUUUUAUGGGAUAGAAUUCAUGAGCAAUCACAUAGGAAGAUUCCAACUAUUAUUGGUGGGGAUUUCAACUGCAUUUUGUCCCAAGAGGACAAAAAAGGAGGAAGGAAGUUUGUCUUUUCUCAAGGUUCCUUAGAAAUGUUCAAAUUAAUGAAUGAUAAUGACUAUCAUGAUGUUGGAGUGGUUAGUCCAAGAUAUACUUGGUUCAAUAAUAAAGUGGGAAUUGGAAGAAUUCUUGAACGUUUGAAUAGGUAUUUGUUGAAUUCCAUGGCUCUUCAAAAUAUCCAUAUUGCGGUGGUAAGACACUUAGCCAGAGUGGCUUCAGACCACUGCCCUAUAGUGCUGAAAUUAUUUGAAGUAUCAAUAAGGAUGAGAAGAUAUAUCAAGUUUGAAGAGGUUUGGUUAUCCUUUAAAACAUUGGCGCACAUAGUUUCUAAAGGAGGGAAGAAGAAGUAUGUGGGAGAUGAUUUGGAAAUCUUGAACAAAAAGUGCAAGAGAACUUUAAAUGAUUUGUUUUACUGGAGUAAGAACAAACUUAAAGACUUUUCAAGUGAAAAGGAUAGGUUGAAGGCUGAAAUAUUACUACUUCAGGACGAAGAAGCUAGGAAUGGCUGGAUGGAUGAAGAAAAUAUAUGGCAGCUUAAAUCUAAAGUAAAAGAGUUGAAUGUUAUUUUCAAUUGCUUGAACACUUGGUGGAAGCAAAGAGCAAAAGUGAAGUGGGUGGUUGAAGGGGACUCAAACACAAAAUUUUUUCAUUCCUAUGCCAAUGCUAGGAGGAAUGCUAAUUGGGUCUCUAAAGUGAAGAAUUCUGAUGGCUUGAUCACCGAUGAUCCUAGAGAAGUGGAAGAAGUUUUUUUCAGAUUCUUUCAAGAAAAAUAG